AUCUGGACGUGGAUCUUGGAUAUGGGAUGUGUACCAGUACUUGACUACCGGUCGCGCAUCUGCCGAUUUGUUGUUAUGCCGUUACCUGAAACUAGCUCCGGAUAUCUGGUUCUACUCGGCGUUGCUUUUGACAAGACCAACGUGACAUGUCAUAUCAGCCUGCAACCUUGGGCAAAAUAAAAUGUUUUUUCUCGGCUCUCCUAUUAGGCCUAUUAGGUAGCUCCUUCGCUCACGACACUCUCUACCUCGGUAGAUUAGGUUGCACAGCAAUGCAUCUCUCUCCAUUCCAUUACGCAUCAUCACUAAUAGUUGCCCAAGGGCAGGUCGUACAGAUGACUACUACAACCUGCUACGGUUUGAUACCAACCCUUUAUUACAUUGGCUAAUAAUAAUUCGCUCAAUGCGGUAAUAACUAACUGUCUAGCCUCUGUGCUGUUUCGGCCACGUUGG